GCUUCGUGCGUGCGCCCCGGACGAACCGGGUUAAGUAGCUCCAUUACACGCGGCCCCGAGCGCCUCUGCAUAGGGUUACCGCAGAGGGACAGUGUGUAGCCGUGUCGAGGGGGAAACGGUUGUGUUUACUACUUUGAGAGGACGCACGGAGCGCGUGUGUGUUUAUGAGUUUGGUCGGAAAUCUGCAGCUGAUCGCCGCCGCCGUGCGCUCCCGUCCAGGAUCCGUCCCAGAGCCACGGACAAGAAUGAGCUCCCUGUCCGCAUAGCGACGCGUUCCUGUUAAAAGAUGGUCCGAGGAAGGUCCCUCGUGGUUAUUCCUGUUGCUGUGGUUAUGGUUGCACUCGGUAAGCGGUCAGGAAUGUCGUCCUCCUCCUGCCUAUGACAUGGUUUAACCCACUCGUGACCCGGUCACCAUGAUGGCCUCUGUGGUUGCCAAUGGAAAUCGAGAUGGACAGUCUGUGGUCCUGAAGGGGGUGGAUCCAGAGACCUGCAUGAUUGUGUUCAAGAACCACUGGGCUCAGGUGGUGAAGAUCCUAGAAAAACAUGACCCCUUGCGUAGCAACUCCACGCUGCCCGCCCUGGCCGUCAUCAACCUCGGCGCCAGCUCCGGCGCCAGCCACCGCUUCGGCGCCAUCCCCGGAGACGAGGCCAACGCGGUGCAGAACUACGUGGAGCACAUGCUCUUCCUGCUCAUGGAGGAGGAGAGCGGCCAGGCCGGCGCCAUGGGCCCCAUCCUGGAGUUCGUGGUGAUGGAGAACGUGAUGGAGCGUCUGUUCGUGUGGAGCCUCCGCCGGGAGUUCACCGACGACAUGAAGCUGGAGCAGCUCAAGAUGUACGAGAUGCUGGUGGGCCAGGCGCGCCAGCCCCUGCUGCAUCACAAGCCCAUCCUGCGCCCGCUCAUGAUGCUGCUGUCCUCGUGCUCCAGCACGGCGGCGCCGCCGGUCGAGGCCGAGCUGGUGCUGCUGCUCAACCAGCUGUGCUGCGUCCUCGCCAAGGAUCCCUCCAUCCUGGAGCUCUUCUUCCACACCAGCGAGGACCAGGGAGCCACCAACUUCCUCAUCUUCUCCCUGCUCAUCCCCUUCAUUCACAGGGAGGGCACGGUGGGCCAGCAGGCCAGAGACGCCCUGCUGCUCAUCAUGUCGCUGUCUGCCGAGAAUGAGCGGGUGGCCAAACACAUCGCCGAGAACACCUACUUCUGUCCGGUGCUGGCCACAGGGUUGAGUGGCCUCUACUCUUCUCUUCCCACCAAGCUGGAGGUUCCCAGUGAAGAGUGGCACUGCUUGCACAGAGAGGACUGGCUCAAGAUGCCGCCGCUGGUCCAGUUCCUCAACUCACUGGAAUUCUGCAACGCUGUCAUUCAGGUGGCCCACCGGGACAUCAGAGACCAGCUGCUGGGCUACAUCUACAACGGCUUCCUCGUGCCAGUCCUCGCUCCAGCACUGCACAAGCUCACCCUGGAGGAGGUGAUGACCACCACAGCGUACCUUGACCUCUUCCUCAGAAGUGUAUCGGAGCCGGCCCUGCUGCAGACGUUCCUCUCCUUCAUCCUCCUGCACCAACAUGAGAGUGUGUACAUCCUGGACACUCUGGUCAGCCGCAUCAACACUCCCUUUCAGCUGGGCACCGUGUCCCUGGCUCUUUUCCACACACUCAUCGGUUUGUACUGUGAGGACGUGAUGCUGCAGCUCGUACUGAGGUACCUGAUCCCCUGCAACCACAUGAUGAUGAGUCAGAGACGCGUGGUGAAGGAGAGGGACUGUUACUCGGUGUCAGCAGCCAAGCUCUUAGCGCUGACGCCGUCCUGCUGCUCCCCGGAUCGCAGCCCCCCGCCUCUGAGACAGCUGGAGUCCAUCCUCUUCUCCAAGGGUGCAGAGACUCCCAGCAAUCCCAGCAGCACAGAAGGAAAGAGGAUCUUCGCGGAGGAGGAUGAUGGAUCAGGUAACUCCUGCACCAUUGGCUCAGAAAUCUACCUGGAUGUCAGCUACCUUCAUUACCUCUACGACGCCCGCCUGAGCAUCAGCAGCUGCAUCCGCGCCUGCCAGGUCUGGUCGGCCCCGUACAACGGCGAGGACCCGCCUCCCGAGAAAUACGAGCCCGGCGUCCUGGAGGAGCCGGGGUUGAAGAGUCGUCAGGCCCAGGUGGCCCUCAAGCGGAAUCAGCAGCAGCAGCAGCAGCAGCAGCAGCAGCAGCAGCAGCAGGCCGCGGUCCAUCCUCGACCCGGCCUGAACCGCAGCGCGGUGGCGCCGCCCUCCGUCCUCCAGCUGGAGCUGGAGUGGGACGACAGUUACGACGCGUGUCCGGUGCAGACCGCCGAGGCUCCCCCGGCGAGCAAACCUCCGCAGCCGCCGCCUGCCGACCCCCCAAAACACAUCCAGGAGAUGAGGAGAACAGCCAUCAUGUUGGUGAAAGACUCUUACAUAGAGGAGAACGACUUCCAGAACGACGUCAUGGUGUACGACCUUGUUGCUAAGAAAGACGCCACAGACGCCGAGAGCGUGACGUCCAGACCGAGCAGAUCACAAUCGAACGAAUCUCAGCCGAACUCUGAAGAAACGCCACUGAAAAACGGGCUCGGCGUAGCGCCGCCAACCUCUGUGACAGCGGAUAAUAGCAAGAGCAGCUCAGACUCCAAGAUCAAAAGUCAGACAGACUGUAACGACAACCUUAGAAACACGACGGCUGAGAGGGGCGAAGAUCUUCUGGCUCAGUACGAGGAGCUCAUCCGUACUUUGGACACUCAAGCGGGCAGAAAACAAGGCAAAGCUGAAGCAGAAGGGAAGAAACCCGUCGCGCCGAGGCAGGAGGAGGACGAAGAGGAGAUGGAUUUCACCUCUUUCUCUGUGGAAACUCCAGAGCCAGAGAAGCUGCUGUCGCCAUUUGGGACAAUCAACAAGUUUCGCAGCGGAAGCACGAGCAGAAGCCAGCCCAUACCGUUCACUGGACCAUUUGUCAGUGUACUGCUGUCCCGGCUGGAGAACAUGCUCUCCAACUCCCUCCACGUCAACCUGCUGCUGACCGGCAUCCUGGCCCAGCUCGCCGCCUACCCCCAGCCUCUCCUGCGCUCCUUCCUCCUCAACACCAACUUGGUUUUUCAGCCGACAGUUCGCUCCCUUUACCAGGUACUAGCUACUGUGAAAAACCAGAUAGAAGAGCAGGCGUCCAGCAGGAAGGAUUUCCCCGAGCUGAUCACUGCCGCCCAGCACUGGCUCCUGGCUCGAGACGCCUCCUUCAUGGAAACUGACAAGAGCGGUGGUUCCAGCCAUCAUGACGGAGGAGGGAUUUUGAAGAAUUCACCGCCACCGAAACCCAAAGCCGUCAUCUCCCUGGAUCGGACGGAGGUGUUUGGUACCGUCCUCUUCACCGAGUUCCUCAAAGAACUGGCUGCAAUCGCGCAGGAGCACUCCAUCUUAUCCUACAUUCCUAUGGAAGAGUGAUCCUCUCUUUAGGCUUCUGUGACGAGUCCCACUGAACUCAGAUUAUAAAAAUUAUUCCUUUUUGAUACAUACAUGUUGUCCUUUACAGACAAAGAAACCUCUUGGAAUUAUUUUACAAACAUAAAGUAUUUAUUUUCCAAGCAAAAGAAAAUAGUUUUAAUUUCUUCUUUCUACUUGUUCAAUAAGGUCUAAAUUUAAACCUGGAAAAUCUUGUUAAUGUCGUCACCAGCUCGAGUUUCAGGUCCAAUAGCCAAAGACUGUUGAUUUUUUUUUUUUUUUUUUGUAAAUGGUGAUUUUUAACAAACAUCAGUCCUCAUCCUGAACCUUUUUCUGGGAUUUUCUUGCUCUGAAUGUCUUCUUACUACCAGCUCUGAGCACAGCGGGAUGCAGGCUGCUGGCUGUGGUACUGCAGCACUCAGGUGGCCUUUUAGACUCGGUUACAGCCGGGUUACGUUGAAUAACGUUUCACACCCUCUCAGCCGGCCAAACACAAACUCACAACCAAUUCCUAUGCAACUGUUACAUGACAGACUAAAUAAAGCAGGUUGAUCUCAGAGGGAAUCGUUUUUUCCUUCUCUCCCCACUAAUUCACCAUGGUACCUCAGGACUUCUUCGAUACAUCUUUUUUUUUUUUCUUCUUUGUCAUGAAGCAACUUGGGGUGAGGUGAUUUCUCUGAGCACCAAACCCAGGCUUAUCAAUCUUGAUGUAUUUAAUUUGCCUUAGUCGUGCUUUAUAUUGUACAUAUUGUAAGAAAGAGAUGUUUUUUGGCACAGUAAACUAUGCAAGUGAAAGGUGUAUGAGGUAUAAUUAUUUGGAGCAUAUUUUCAUUAUGGGAAUGGGGUAUUUAAGCUUUUUUUUUUUUUUUUUUGAAACUAUCAGUUGCAUUAUUCUUUUUGCCAAGCUUUUAGAGUUUUUUUUCCAAUUGUCAUCACUUUUUCCCUGUUCGAUUGUUCAGGAUGUUGUUUGUAGUUCUUUUGGAAGAAUCAGAAUUUUGCAGCAGUUUAAGGAUAGCCUGCUGAAUAUUGCUCUUAUUUUAGUUUGUGGGUUGACUUUCACUGUCCAAAUGGGAAAAUAUGGGUCGUACUUUGUCACAAAGCAUGUCUGUAUGAGCUGAUUUGACCAAGAUGGGCAUUCUUGUAAAAUAGUGCCUAACUUAUGAUUUUUAGUUCACAUAAUGGCCUGAUAUCUGAACAUUUCUGAACAGGAUUAAUAUACAUUUUUACCGUUUUAGUUCGUAACGCUUUUGUUGUUGUUGCCCCGUCCAUUAAAAAAGUUUAAAGGGAAGUAUUCAACAGUUCACAGUAUGAUCUAAAGGCUCGAUUAACAUCUGGCAAUGAAUCAGGCAAAAUGAGCACUUUCUCUUCAGAAGAUAAUGUGAUCCAAGACAGUUCGUUAUCCGACAAGAAUCAGUAGAUUAAGUUUGUCACCUCAUUUGAAAACAAACUGUAUAUAUUUGUUCCUUUUUGAAAUUUUCAGUUCCUAAUUGGUGCUUUGCAGGAAAAUUAAUUAUGCAUCAAAAUGUUAUUUUUUAACUAAAAAUGAUCAGAAAAGUGUGUUUGUAUCAAUCAAAGCCAUUUUCUGAGCUGCUUAGUGAGUCUGUCUCCAGCUGAAGCAAGUGGCCAAGCACUUUAUCAGCCUUUUCAUACCACAGUGCCGCUCACAUCCUGCCCAGUGUAUGGAGAGAAAAAUAAAAAUGAAUCACUGUUUUAACAGCACUGUGGCGUGAAUGCAGUUCUCACACCCAGGAUUGUACGGACAGUUUCUGUCUGAGCCUCUUCAUAUUUCCAAAGACUCAUUCGGCUUAUUUUUUCCUUCAGAAUUUGACCGGGCUGCUAUUUUGUUGUUGAUGUUUGAGAUACAAAUGCAAGCCUCUUUUAAUAAAGAAAAAAAAAAGUC